CGACACACCCGUUCACUGAACGUUAGGGGUAUUUUUUUUCUCCUGUUACUAGUUUGUUUAUGACGCUGCUCAUUGACUCCGUUAGCUUUACUGCUGAUCAGGAGGUUAUUGUUUCUAAAGGACAUUUUUUUAACCGUCUUUUUUUAUUAUUCUGUGCUGUGAACAAGCCCGGUUUUACGAGGUGGAAGACAGUCAACAUAGAACCACAGAUUUACAUUCGUUAGCCUGGCGUUGGCUAGCAUAUUUGUAACGUAAUGACAUGACGUUGGAUAAGAAAGUCGUUUUUCACGACGCUUGGGCUAAAUUACACGGUUAAUUUAAACAAGACUGUGUAAAGCGAGGACAGUGCACAUGUAAGAUAGUGAAGAGAACCGCAGGUUAGGCUUUGACACAGCUGUCUAACUUGGACUAGCUGCUGAGCUAAACUGUUAGCAUGGCUUCAGAUACAAGCGACACCGAGGAGUUCUAUGAUGCUCCAGAGGACGUUAAUUUCACCCCAUCUCCAAAAGUGCAACCUGUGAAGUUUAUCUGUCCGUCACCUCAGGUAUCUCAGAGUUCAGAUGCUGUGCAGGAUGUGAGCUGUGCCGCCCUUGAGACUCAGCAAGAUGAUUCUCUGCAGAUCAUUGAUAGCAUCAUUGAGGAGAGUCAAAAGGGAAGUGUUGAGGAUGUUGGCGAGGUGGUUCAGUUGUUAGACGAGCUGCACGUUGAUGUACGAGCAGGGUCAAAGGAAGAGCCGACUGCUGAGGUAGUUCCAGUGGAGCAACCAGUGCGAGCUGUCGGACCUGAACUUGUCGAGGGGCAGGAACAAGAGGAAAGCGGAGCAACAAACGACGCUAACUCUUCACCUGAUCCUGAACCUUCAGAUCUUCCAGGACCGUCAGCUGUAUCGCAGGAACGUGUGCAGCCUCCAGAUCUCACCAGCACCAUAGGACAGAGCCAGCCAUGUGCUGCUGCAGCUGCAGGAGGUGACCAGGAGCCGAGACCUGCAGAUAUCCUAGACCAGGUUCCCUUGACUGACAGUCUGGCUGAUAUAGACUCUCACGGGCCCAUGAAACCCCCACGACAAUUUGCAGUAGAACCAGAUAUUGUAGCCAGCACAAAGAAGCCGCCUCCCUCUCGCCCACCCCCUCCUGUUGGGGGUCCUCCACCAAGACCACCUCCACCAGCUAGGAACAGCUUUUCCUUCAAGAAGUCUCAGGAGACUCUGAGGCCUAGUGGACUAGAAGUGGGUUCAGUCAGCUGUGAUUCUCUGGAUCCGUCGGGCCUGGUGUCUCCGUGCAGCACAGUAAGAAGUUUAACAAAAGAUCUUCAGCAUUCCUUGGAUCUGGCCAGCGCCACAAGUGGGGACAAGGUGGUGACGGCUCAGGAAAAUGAGGGUGAACAGGCUUCGACUCAGAGCGGAGGACAAACUCCUGGUCCUCAGCGUCCACGCUCCAACUCUGGUAGAGAACUAACAGAUGAAGAAAUCCUGGCCAGCGUGAUGAUCAAGAAUUUAGACACGGGCGAAGAGAUACCUUUGAUUCAGGCAGAGGAGAAACUUCCUGCUGGGAUCAACCCUCUCACGCUGCACAUCAUGAGGAGGACCAAGGAGUACAUUACGAACGAUGCGGCGCAGUCGGAUGACGACGACAAGCCUCAGGCCGCCCUGUCAGACACAGACGGUGGAAAACUGAAGCAGAAAACAACGCAGCUGAAAAAAUUCCUGGGCAAGUCCGUGAAGAAGGCCAAACACCUCGCCGAGGAGUACGGAGAGAAGGCGGUCAAUAAAGUGAAAAGUGUGCGGGACGAAGUUAAAAUGUUCCACACAGAUCAGGACGACCCUUCAUCCAGUGACGAUGAAGGCAUGCCUUACACCAGACCUGUCAAAUUUAAGGCGGCUCACAGCUUCAAAGGUCCCUUUGACUUCGAUCAGAUCAAGGUUGUGCAGGACCUGAGUGGAGAGCACAUGGGCGCUGUUUGGACAAUGAAGUUCUCUCACUGCGGGCGGCUGCUGGCAACGGCAGGUCAAGAUAACAUUGUUCGCAUCUGGGUCCUGAAGACGGCCUUUGAUUACUUCAAUAAUAUGAGGAUAAAGUACAACACGGAAGGUCGAGUUUCACCUUCUCCCUCUCAGGAAAGUUUAUGCUCCUCUAAAUCUGACACUGAUCCUGGGAUGAGUUGUCUUCCAGAGGACCCAGACACCGAAGACAGAAAUGCUCCGUUCCGUCAGGUUCCCUUCUGCAAGUACAAAGGUCACACAGCUGACCUGUUGGACUUGUCCUGGUCCAAGAACUUCUUCCUGCUCUCCUCCUCCAUGGAUAAAACGGUUCGGUUAUGGCACAUAUCCCGGAGAGAGUGUCUCUGCUGCUUUCAACACAUCGAUUUCGUCACAGCCAUCGCUUUCCACCCCAGAGACGAUCGAUACUUUUUAAGCGGUUCUCUGGAUGGAAAACUCCGACUUUGGAACAUUCCAGACAAGAAGGUGGCGCUGUGGAACGAGGUGGACGGUCAAACCCGACUCAUUACUGCAGCCAACUUCUGCCAAAAUGGGAAGUACGCCGUCAUUGGCACGUACGACGGCCGCUGCAUCUUUUAUGACACCGAGCGACUGAAAUACCACACUCAGAUACAUGUGAGGUCCACCAGAGGCCGGAACAAAGUCGGACGUAAAAUAACUGGAAUAGAGCCUCUGCCGGGUGAAAGUAAGAUUUUGGUGACCUCAAACGAUUCUCGCAUUCGCCUGUAUGACUUGAGGGACUUGUCUCUGUCCAUGAAGUACAAAGGUUACGUCAACAGCAGCAGCCAGAUUAAAGCCAGCUUCAGCCACGACUACUCCUUCAUCGUCAGCGGCUCCGAGGAUAAAUAUGUUUACAUCUGGAGCACCUACCACGAUCUUAGCAAAUUCACUUCCGUAAGACGAGACCGCAACGACUUCUGGGAAGGAAUCAAAGCACACAACGCAGUGGUCACCUCGGCCGUCUUUGCGCCUCAUCCGGCCCUCAUCGUUCCACAAGAAACGGCAGAGAAACCGGAAGCGGACCGCAAGAGCCUGGAUUCCACAGACUCCGAAACGAUACCGUCAGGAGCUCUAAAAACAGACCACACAGAGGUUCUUCUCUCUGCUGACUUCACUGGAGCCAUCAAAGUUUUCAUCAACGUCAAAAAGUACUGAACACUUCACAUGCAGGGCAGAUCAGUCCAAAAGAUGGAGGACAGCCUGUCUGGGGUCCAAGUUUUCCUACUUAGUGAUCGGAACCUUGAAAACAUGGGAGGAAUAGACUAGAAAACAAACAAGGUGAGGUUCCUCGUCAUAUUUCUUAUUUUUCCUACCAGACAAAUGUGAAGGGUUUUGCAAUUAGAGGCUAAAUAAAAGGGUUGGAGCAGAUUAUGAUUUUGUUCAGAUGUGUAAAUGUAAAGAUUUAUUAAACAG